AUGUCUUUCCCUGAAAAGCUCAUCUGUGACUUUACUGAGAAGGGCAUGUACUUCUGUGGUGUGUUUGAUGGUCAUGGCCCUGAAGGUCACAAAGUUGCAAGAUGUGUACGUGACAAUUUGCCCUCGAAGCUCUCCCAAGUGAUCAAAAUUUACCAACUUAACACCGGAAUAUUCAGUGACAUUGAUGUUGGAAGUGAGCUCUAUGAAAAUGUUGGUCACAGACACAACAAGAAAGCCAGUCAAGAUAUGCCCCUUUCUUCAUGGGAAGCCAGUUAUGUUAAAUCAUUCAAGGAAAUGGACGAAGAACUUAGCCUCGAUAACACCAUCGAUAGCUUCUGCAGUGGUUCAACAGCUGUAGCUGUAGUUAAGCAGGGUGAUCACUUGGUAAUUGCCAACUUGGGGGAUUCUCGUGCCGUUCUUGGCACUAGAUCAGGAGAGAAAAACCAGAUAUGUUCUGUCCAACUCACAGUUGACUUGAAACCAGAUACUCCAGGUGAAGCUGAGAGAAUAAAGAAUUGCAAAGGCAGAAUUUUAUCAGUGGACGAAGAACCAGAAGUGUAUAGAUUAUGGAUGCCCGAUGAAGAUUGCCCUGGUCUAGCAAUGUCAAGGGCUUUUGGAGAUUUCUGUGUCAAAGAUUGUGGCCUAAUCUCAAUCCCUGAAGUUUCCUAUAGAAGGAUCUCAAGCAGUGAUGAAUUUGUGGUCUUGGCAACUGAUGGGGUGUGGGAUGCAUUGACAAACACUGAUGUGGUAAAGAUAGUUGCUUCAGCAAAGAGGCGAUCCAUUGCAGCCGAAUUGGUGGUAAAACGUGCUGUUAGAGCAUGGAAAAGAAAGUUCCCAGAAUCGAAAAUCGACGACUGCGCAGUCAUAUGCUUGUACCUGAAAAACCAACCAUCGUUAACACAGACCGCAUCUAACUUGAGCCGUGGAGGCAAACCAAAUGAUACAGAGCUUUCAUUGUCUUACUAUAGCACAAGAUCCAACAUUGUAAGUGAUGUGGGAUGCCCUGCAUCUGAGAUCAGUAGCAAGAUCACAGAAGACAUGAAUGAAUCUGUGGUGAGUAGCAAGAUCACAGAAGACUCAAAGGAAGAGUGGAAUGCUCUUGAUGGAGUUGAAAGAGUAAAUACCAUGUUGAAGCUUCCUCGGUUUUCUAAUGGUUUGAAUCGGCGGAAAUCACAAAAGGAUGAUGAAGAUGGUGAAAAUCAGGAAUUAGUUCAAUGA